CCCUAAAUAUGACAAGUUUAAUCAUUUAAAUACCAAAACUAAGAUUUUUUUUUCUUUUCAUAUCAGCACCAACAGAAGAUCAAAAGAGCUAAAAUUUUCAUGGAGAAAGAGAAACCAGCCAAGUCAAAGAAGAACAUGAUCUUGAAGUUUUUGCCAAAAGCAGCAGCUGCAGCUGUUAUAUUCCAAAAUCACCCUUAUAGUCCAGGCAGAGAAAAAAGAUUUCAUCAUAAUCACAAAGGAUUUUCUGGUCCAAUUGUAUCAAUUAUCCCAGCAGAAGCAAGAACUAGAAAAUCAAAUAAUGAAACAUAUCAAGAACCGACAUCACCAAAAGUCUCAUGCAUUGGCCAAAUCAAACAGAGGAAAAACAAGAAAAAAAUCAUCAAAACAACCACACCAACUCCAGUAGUAGAGAAAAAUCCCAGUAAGAAGAAAUCAUCAAGAUCCAAAUUUAGAAAUAUAUUUCAAAGGGGGAGCAAAUCUGGUGAUGAUACAACUAGUUCUUGUGAUGUACAAAACAGUGCACCCAGUUUGAACCAGUUGAAAAAAUUUGCUAGUGGUCGUGAAGGUACUUUGUCGAAUUUCGACUGGAAAAAUGUGCAAAUUACACCAGAAGAUCAUAGAAAAUAUUAUUCUGAUGAUGAUAGAGAAGAUUAUUCUGAUGAAGAAGAAGAAGAAGAGGUAAUUAUUCCAUUUUCAGCUCCAAUUUUAGUAGGAAGAGAUAAUAGACCAAAUUUUCCUUUGGAGCCAAAGAAGGAAAUUAAUUUAUGGAAAAGGAGAACCAUGACCAAACCAAAUCCUCUCCAAUUGAAAAAAUAAGGUUGUAUAAUUAGUUCUCUUCCAUUGAUUUGUUGUUUUUUAUUCAUUUCAGCUUAUAAUUAGCUUACUUGUAAACUAUGUUGCUUGAAUCUUUCAAAAAUACAGAUUUACCCGUGCCAAAUCUUGAAAAAUUUAGGAUUGGACACGGACACCCCGAUCUUUUUAGAGGAUUCGAGUAAUAGAGGUUGUAAACGAAAUACCAUUUAGAAUUAUAUGUGUAUUUUCUUGAA